AUGCUGCAAUUGGUUAGAAUACCGCUGAAGAAGACAGUUGAGAUUGACCUGAAACGAGAGUUUGCCGAUAUAAUAGAUUCAACUUUUUAUCAGGUGUCCUCAAUUUUCAAUGAUGACUUGACGACGGUUAACCGAAUGAGGGAUAUAGUAGUCGCCUCAGAAAUCUCAGAAAAAACCUUACAAGUGUUGAAAGGGUAUUACGAUACUCUGAGAUCACUGUUGGUCAAAUUUCCUGAUCGACAGAUUAACUUUACGUGGUUUGAAACCUUAAGUCAUAGGUCGAUAAGUAAGUCGUCAAAUCUGUUCCGGUUUGAGCUAUAUAACAUUGUUUACAAUAUAGGGGCACUCUAUUCACAUGUCGCGCCAGAGGAGUUAUCUAUUGAGAAGUUGAAGACAUCCUGUAAGUACUUUCAGAUGAGUGCAGGUUGUUUUGACUAUAUUCUGAAUUCUCUAGACGAUGAUAUGAAGGAUCUAUUUGAAGAAAAGGCUCUCCUUUCACUGAAGAAUUUGAUGCUUGCCCAGGCUCAGGAGCGGUUAUGGUUGAAGUCAGUCAAGGACAGUAUGAAAAACUCUAUUGUGGCUAAGUUGGCGAUGCAGGUGUCGUUAUUCUACAAAGAAGCACACAAAAUGGCAAAUAUCAGUAGGAUAGUCCGCACAGAAUUGGUAUAUACCAUGGAGGCUAAGUCACGGUACUUUGCAGCUGUUGCAUACUAUCGGAAUGCAUUACAUUUCGGUGAAAAGCAGGAGUUUGGCAAUGAGGUUCGUUCUUUGAGAGAAGCUCAGUAUAAUGUCCUGAAAGCUGGCAGUAACUCGGAUGUCGACUCUUUUAAAAAAGAGAUUGCGGACUCGCUGAGAGUUUGCGAAAGGAAUAAUGAUCUGAUAUAUCUUCAAGCGGUCCCUGAAAACUGCCCAGUAGUUAAGUCUGUCUGCAUGGUGAAGGAAAUACUGAUCGAUGAGCUGCAAGAUACUUCAUCUCCGAGAUGUACCAUCUUGUUCAGAAACCUGUUACCUGUCGACGUUAUCGAAAGCUGUACUGCGUUUAACCUACGUCAGCAGAAGUACUUUGAGGACCAUGUGAGGGACCCUUUGCUUGCGUUGAACAAGCUCUUAAAUGCAAGUAUUCCAGAUAACGAAGUUCCACCAGGUAUGAAGCAUAUAUCAGAAGACGACUGGAUGGCUUACUCAGACGCAUUGGAAGAAAGUCGCAUGUCCCAGCAAUCAUUAGAGUCCAUAUUCGAACAAACGAAACAACUAUUACAGAAAGAAGUGGACGCAGAUAAUGAACUCAGAACUCUGCACGGGUCACUGCGGUGGACAAUUCCUAAGGUAGAAGAAAUGUCUUCCAGAUUCAAUGAGAAGAUAAACAAAAUCCAAGAAUACCUCAUACAAGGCAAGGCUAUCACGGAAGAGACAUAUGAGAUUUUUAACACUGUCGAUAAAAAACUCAUCACAACAGAACUAAAAUUACCGGAAAAUAACGAUCCCACCUCCAUAAAGGUUAGAGAAGCCACUAAACACCGCUAUGACUACAUCAGAGACGCUGAAAAGAAUUCCAUAGAUAACAGAGUUCUUCCAAAGGUCGUCUCCUACCACAAGCAGACGCUAUCCCUGGAUUUCGAAGCCUUGUUCCAAGAACACUUAGUGUCAGUCUUCCAGCAAAACUUAGCAUACGUCCGCGCCGAACGCGACCGUAACAACGAACUGAUCAAAGAACUAUAUCUUAGAGACCAAAGUAACCCACUAAAAAAACUUCAACCACGUGACCUACUGAUUCAAGACUUCCGUCACUCGCUCCAGCUUUUAGAACAGGUGAAGGAAAACAUUGAGGAGGGCCGACGUUUCUACGACAGCUUAUAUCAGACUGUUGUUGCAUUAGAUGAGGAGAUUAGACAAUUCACCUCAGAGCGCCAAGCCGAGCGCGAGAGUUUAAUUGCCAAACUGACUACAUAA